GGCGGGUCGAGAGGGCGGAGGGAGAAGCGGGUGAGAGCGAAGCGGCGGUGGCCGCACGGCGGAAUUACAGCUACUGUGAAGACAAGGCUUAUAAAGAAUAAAUCAAAAGGAAAUAACUCUGUCUUCUGAUACACAUUUUACCUAGAAGGACUAUGGAACCUCUGCAGCCCUGUAGGUCUGGAAGGCUUAAAUCCAAAUUUGAAAAGGCUUUUUCCAUUCCAGAUGAUUUGCUGGGUUAAGCGCUUAAUUAGGAUGGCUUUUGAACAAGUUGGAUUAAACAUGGACUCAGUACUUUGGUCAAGCAAGCCUUAUGGAUCAUCUCGAAGUAUUGUAAGAAAAAUUGGUAGUAACCUCUCUCUUAUCCAGUGUCCAAGAGUUCAGUUUCAGCUCACUUCUCAUGCCACAGAAGGAAACCAUCCUAAUCAACUUAGAGAAGAUGCAGUGGCCUCCUUUGCAGAUGUGGGAUGGGUUGCUCAAGAGGAAGGUGAAGUCUCUACAAGGCUCAGAUCAGAAGUUUGGUCAAAAACAGCCCAGCCUCUUUCAGGUGAACUGCACCAUUCUGGAAGACAGGUGUACUUACCAAACCCAUUACAAGAAGAAACAGUGUCGAGGAGCAUAGUGACCGCAAAUGAAGAAGCUCUGCAGAAGAUCAGUGCUCUAGAAAAUGAACUAGCCAGUUUAAGAGCACAAAUAGCCAAAAUUGUAAUCUUGCAAGAACAGCAGAAUCUGACAGCAGUUGGGUUAAGUCCAGUUGCUUCAACUGCUGUCUCUGUUGUGUCGUCGCUGCCACCACCACCACCUCCUCCUCCACCUCCCCCGCUCCCUCCUGCAAGUCUGCAACAGAGUAUGUCUGCAAUUGAGCUCAUUAAAGAGCGGAAAAACAAAAAAACAAACUGUGGGCAAUCUCUCAUAGAAAAUGGGCCAAAGAAGCCUGAAAUACCAAACAUGCUAGAAAUCCUCAAAGAUAUGAACAGUGUGAAAUUACGCUCAGUGAAAAGAUCAUCGGAAGGUACAAAAUCUAAAGUAGCUGACCCUACAGAUCCUGCAGCGUUAAUAGCAGAAGCUCUCAAAAAGAAAUUUGCUUAUCGAUACCGAAGUGACAGCCAAAGUGAAACUGAAAAAGUGAUUCCAAAGUCUGAAACAAAGAAAGAAGUAGUGCUGGCAGUAACCCAAGCUCAUAAAACACUUCAUCCUUCUCUACUGAAGUCAGACAAUAGCAAGAACUUGCACUGACAGCAAAGGAAGGAACUUCACACAAGUAAGUUCAAUAAAUGCUUUAAUUGUGAAUUUAUUUCUUUAAACAUGGCCACUUUGAGUAAUGUAUUACUUCAGGGAACAGGAAAAAAUAAACAAUUUUAGAAUUUUAGACAAACAGGCAAGUCAGAAUUUGUUUUUAAAACAGUAAAAGGCCAAGCCUGAAGAGGUGAUAAGUUUUGGCAUAUGAGGACUAGUAUUUUCAAAUCCAAAAAUGGGCUUAGUUUUACAGUGGAAGCAGAGUGCAACCUUAACUACCUUUCCAUAAUGCUAGACUCAGUUGUAACUUAAAUGUACAGGAGCAUAAUGUGAAAAUAUUUUUUUUAUUAAUUAAAAGUUAACAGCAACAGGCACAUAUUAAAAUGAAUACGGCAAAGCCUUUACAAAUGGCUUUACACUGAAGCUCUCUCCCAAAAAUGGCUGUUGCAACAAACUGUAAACAGAAUUAAUAAACAGUCGUUUACAAUAAUAACAGGGAAAUACAAAUGAAAUAAAAGAAAGCACCAGUUUCUCAAACUAGAUUACAGUUGUGCUUACCGUACUUAAAACAACAUAAAAGAAAUUACAAAAAUGGAAUGUUUUCAGUUUAAAAUUAGUCCUUUAAUUUUGUCCUAAAAAACAUUUCUCCUUUUCCCAUCAAAAACCCUUUAAUGGGUAAUGUUUCAGUAGAGGGAGGAAUAAGUAAACAAUGCACUUUUUUAUUUUUUCAAAUCAAAAACAAAUUUGGUCACUUAGCUUUGUGCAUAGUUUAAGGCAUCUGUAGCAAUUUGUUACAGUUUCCUCCCCAAUGUGGCUGUUCAUGAAAUUGUCACAUUCUAAAAGAAUAAAUAAAAAAAUGUUGCGGUUCAAACCCUUCCCAGUACCCUCCCACCCUCCCCAACCCAGACAUACUCACACACCCACACAUACAUACACACUGCAGCGAAAGGGGCAUUUGUACCCUUGUUCUGAAGGACACGCUUCCCAUCCCACUUUAUUUCAGAUUGGCAAAUACCCUGAGCUGAUUAUGGUGUUUAGACAUUCCACCUUUUUCUUGCAUGUGCAGUUCAAGUGUACAAUAGUGAAAACAACAUGCAAUGUUUUCACUGCAGAAUCGCAACGCAGUUCGGACACUUCCCCCCCUCCCCCCUUCCCUUCCCAAAUUCAGAAGUGUUUUCUGCUUUUAAAAAAUUGCAUUCCAAUAUAGCACUGGAGUAAAGCUUGGCUGUGCUCUAUGAUGAAUGCUCAGUUCCCAGUGCACAAACUAAAUUAUGGCAAAUGGGAGGCUUUUCUGGCAUCCAAAGAAACAAGAGCUGCAGUCUCAGAUUUGAUCUUUUUCUUUAAAAAAAAACAAAAAAAAAUCCAAGUUAGUGGUUCCUUCACAGCCAUGCACAAAGGUGAAGUCUAGAACCAAUAGUUUCAGAGUACAUUUGUAAACAUCAAGUCUUGCCAGAGGCAGCAGAGGAUGGGCACUUCACAUUUCCGUAUUAAAACAGGGGCUGAGUGGAAGGUAUGCUUUGAACACAUUUAUGCAAGUUUUGCUCAGUUCCGAGAAAGUGGAACAAUCCAUCUCGAGUCUUAGAUUUGAAGACCAUAUUUCAAAUUUCACAAAAAAAAGAAAAAACAAAACGUGGUGCAAUGAAAUUUUCGUACUGUUCCUUCAAGGCUCAGUCACUGCUGUGCUUUGCAUAUUCAAGGUUCCAAACAAAAACCAACUGAGGCAUAUGCAUAUUGCUCUAUGUUCAGAUCUUGCAGUUAAAAAAAAAUUCAGGUUCAAAUGGUCUGUUAAAGGAAAACUUGGAAAUAAAUAAUGCUGGCAUCAUUUUACCAUUUUACCGAAACCUUGGGCAGGCAAGUAUCUCCUUUAAUCCAACUGUGCAGACACCAAGAGAAGAGGCAGUUUUGUCAUGAAGUUGAGGUCAGGACAAUCGAGGUUCCUGAGGUAAUAUGUCUGAGUCCAUUUCCUCAAAAGCAGGAUCAGCAUCGUCACCGCUGCUGGACUGUUCUCGCUGCACUCCCUUCCAGCUAGCCUUAUUCAGUCCCAGAUGCCCAAGCAUGGUCUGGGACAGCCUGGUGUUUGAGAACCGGGCCCACUCCCCAAAUAGUGGCUCCACUAAGUAGGUCAUAAAACCUUUAGAAACAAACAAAGCCAUGUGGGAAAAAAAAACAGGGAAAGAAAGACUCUGACUAAAUAGUUUAAAUAGAAGCUAGUAACAAUAAUUCACAAUGUUAAGUAACAAUUAAGUUAAACAACACAGACAAUUCUCCAGUUUGCACUGAAAAAUUCAUUUCAAUAUUUAGAGCAUCUUUAUAAAAUAAUCUCUCAAAAUAUAAAAGAUUUUACUGGUCAGUCAAAAGAAGAGCAUUAUAUUGGUUUAUAAAUUAACCUCCUUUGUUUCAGAACAAUGACCAAAUGAAGGGAAAUACUGGAGAACAUGGAGGAAAAAAAAGAAUCUAAACAUCAGUAACAAAGCCAAACUAGUCUAGAAAAACCAAAAUCUCUAAAAGAAAAAGAUUUCAUAACAAAUUACCCCACAGAUAAGCUGAACUAUAUUACACAGGCAAAAAAAAUACAGAUUGUUUCACAAUAUUAAGCUCAUUAAAUUACUGAAAAUACAAUCAGACAAGUUAGUCCCUUUUAAAGCAAAAAGGCCAUAGAGCACCAACAUGUAAAUAGCCUUUUAUAUAAGAGUUUGUGUGCACAUGUGUGUGUGGGUACACCUAUUUAUAAAUUCUACUUCUGUGAAUCAAAUUCAAUGGUAAAACUAUCAAAACUGUGCAUGCUUUAACCUGUCAGUUACAAAAAGGUAUGAUUAACAGCUUCUAAAUUAAAACAGUGCAGCUGAUAGAAACAAAAAAUCUGAUCUGUUCAGAUUAAUUUGAAGCACUAAUUCAUAUUAUGAGGGGGGGUUAAAUUUAUUAUUUUCUUCACUGUGUUUUUUAACUCAGGGUCAUUUAAUCUUUAUACAAAACAAUUUUAUUUAAAUAAUAACUAUAGAAAAUAAUAAUCAACCUUUUUGCUAGUGUAAAUCCAACUCAAGUUAGCAAAAAGCAAAAAUAUAAUGGUUAUUCAUGGUUCUGCAUCAAACCUCUGUCGCGCACCCUUUUUAAGGAUGCACUUAAAAUACAUGCUAGCAUUCCAGAAAGCUAAAUCAUCUGGAAUCCUUUUUUGACAACUUCUUUACAAAAGGCCCCAGAGACUGAAUGGGCAAAGGGAACUAACACGCCUCUUCUUCCCAGCAGGGCCGGUCCAGAUUAGGAAAGUACUGAGCAGUAGCAUAGGAAAAGUUACAUAUUUGAUUCCCAUGCUGUACCUCCUCCGUGAGAGACCUCAGUCCCCACAGCUGUCAUUGGAGCACCUUUCAUAAACACUAUUUCAAGGGGAAAAAGUUACAGCAAAGAAAGAAAAAUCGUUCUUCGUAAAGAAGUGCUGCCAAACACACACAAACCAGGUACAGCUUCUAGGAAACACAUGUAAAAAACUUCCAAAUUUUCAAAUUGCAUCCUGAAAGAAAUCUACUAAAAUAAAUUUAACUGCAGUUACCGAUCUGGAUGUUGGCAAUAGUUUCUGUCUGUCGAUCACACAGUGGACUCACACCCAAGUGAUAUUUUUUUUCAAUGUCUCCUAAAAGAACAGAAGUAUAACAGAACUGUUAGGUCACUAAGCCCCAGGACUUCCUAAGUCCAAACGGAAUUAUGAAACACUAAUAGAGGUGGGUUAUCUAAUGCUGGUACCUUCACAGGCAGUUUGGAUAGCGAGCUAUGUAACAAGGAUGGUAUCUUGCGGCAGACAGUGAUUUACUUUCAUCUCCCAAGAAAACAAAUGUUUGCCAGUGAGACUAACAGUUCUGUGUUUUUCAUCAGAGAAGCAAUAAUUGAUAAAACCAACAUCAAUCACAGGUUUUCAGAGGAUGAACACACUUCCUUACAAAAACUCCUAAGUUCCCAUUUCUACCACAAUCUAAGAUUCCCCCCUUAGCAAUAUGGAAGGGAAUAGCUCAGCCCUCAAAAAUUUCUCAUUGAAGGUAUGUAUUUGUUGCUCUGCCUGCACAUGGUUGAUAUUGAAUAAUAAACUUCACAUGAUCAGCACCAAAUAGUCUGUGUUCUCCACUUAUCAUAGCUAUGAACAAAUUCAUGUUUCUCAGAUCAGUGAUGUAUAAUUAAUAAAGAUACAGUGAUUAACAUGCAGUUCAUGGCACAACUUUCCAACUAACUACCUGAUCAUCCUGUGCUUUCCUAUUUCACCGUUAAGUUGCAACUCCACAAGUAAGUUUAAGUUCUCCUCUGACUAAAUCCUCUUGCAGAGAGAUCUUAAAAAAAUCACUUUGAAAUAAAAAUGUUACAAAUUGCUCUAAGCUCUUAAAAUCGAUUUUGCUUGAACACAGAUAAAGGAACAAGAGUAUGAAGGACUUUGCAAGAGUGUGUUUCACAAUUUACUAAAACCUAGUUAAGAUAAUUGUUCAUCAGAAGCACCUUUCAGGCUGAAAGGUCUAUUGAACCAGCCAUUCUAGAUUCAGAUUCUAAGCAGAUUCUUCAUCAGGUGUUAGUACCACCAACCUUUUGCAAGAAAUACAACCAAUGAAAGAAAAUAUCCCACAUGCUGUCCUGUAAAUCCCUAUUAGUCCUAAAUAUAAAUCCCUUUAAUUGCAAGCAGUUAUGACUCAUGAUUGCUCUUUUCACAAUGUAUAUACAUAUCUAUUAACAGAUCAGAGUACUUCUACUCUUACUUGCCUUGAUGGAAGAAUUCCUCUGUUACUUUUUCACUCCACUGCUUACUCAGCUCCCAAGUCCGACAUGGAUUACAAAUAUCAGCACACUUCAAAGCCAUCUAGUAAGUUAACAUACAGUGUUAGGUCACCUGACUUCUUUCCAUCCAAAGAAACAUCUUUAUUUAUUAAUUUCCUGACAGCGGAUUACUUAAAGUUUUGUGAAUAACAAACCUACCUACCAUUUGUGCUUUCCUCUAAAAUUAUGUUCUAUAAUAUAUUUUAAAAAACAGCUCAGGGAACUAUCAGGUCUCAUGAUCAGCUCUGAGUAAUACAGAAAUUCAGUCAAAAAAAUUUCAGGGGCACUGUAUUCACUAAGUCAGUGAUUCACUAUUCACUAACUUUAUUCACUAAUUCAAAAGACAAUAAUAAACUCAGAAAAGGAAAUGUCAAAGUAAGCAAAAGUAAGCAAACAGUAUUUUGUGUUUUUAACUCUCCAGUCAGUCUUCUCCUUUUUCAGUAAUGGUUUGUACAGGACAGAACUUCUCACCUGUUUGUUCAUUUUCUUUAACAGUCAACACAAUGAACCUAAUAAUAAAAAUUUCUGUGAACUUUA